AUGGAAGUACUUUACGAGAAUGGUAAUAUAAUUUUAUCUCAAAGGAAGUACAUGAGGAAUUUAUUAGAGAAAUAUAGAAUGGAUCAGUGCAACACGGUUUCCACACCAUUGGAAUAUGGUCUCAAAUUGUCAAAAGAUGAUCCUGAAGAAUUUAUAGAUGAAAGUGUGUAUCGAAGUCUGGUAGGAAGUCUGAUGUAUCUAACAAACACGAGACCAGAUAUUAUGUUUGCAGUAAGUAAAAUAAGUAGAUUCAUGGAAUGUCCUAAGAAGAGUCAUUGGGAAGCAGCAAAACGCAUACUAAAAUACAUCAAAGACACUUUGGAUCAGGGUAUCACUUAUUCUAAAGGAGGAAAAAGAAAGCUCAUGGGUUUCAGUGAUAAUGAUUAUGCAUGGAAUAUAGAUGAUAGCAAGAUUACAUCCGGAUAUAUUUUUCAUUUAGGAUCAGGACCCAUAUCUUGGCAAUCAAAGAAGUAA